UUCGCCGUCGGCUUCCUGCUGCAGUGAGAAGAGCGGCGUCGAGACAGACUGGGAAGACUUAACACCACCACCUCCAAUAAAUGCACCAUACAAUGAAACUGUUAGCACUACCUCCCUCUGUGGAUGUCCGCUUUUUCACGGCUGUACUGCUGGUGAUGGGCCUCUCUACUCCCGGACAGACAGAAAUCGUCAGUCUGGACUCGAACAACAUUGACGACGUCCUAAAUAAUGCUGGGGUGGCAUUAGUGAAUUUUUACGCAGACUGGUGUAGAUUCAGUCAAAUGCUCCAUCCAAUUUUUGAGGAGGCAUCUAACAUAGUGAGGGAGGAGUUCCCUGAUACAAAGCAGGUGGUGUUUGCUCGCGUCGACUGUGACCAGCAUUCGGACAUAGCUCAGCGCUACCGCAUCACCAAGUAUCCAACACUGAAGCUGUUCCGCAAUGGGAUGAUGAUGAAGAGGGAGUACAGGGGUCAGAGGUCAGUAACGGCCAUCGCUGACUUCAUCCGCCAGCAGCAGGUCGACCCAGUGAAAGAGCUGCCCUCAGUGGAGGAGAUUAAUUCUGUGGAUAGAAGCAAGAGAAACAUCAUUGGUUUCUUUGAAAACAAGGACUCUGACAACUAUCGAACAUUUGAGAAAGUUGCCAACAUCCUUCGAGAUGACUGCACAUUCUUGGCCGCUUUCGGUGAGGUGUCUAGGUCCGAGCGCUUCAGUGGAGACAAUGUGAUCUACAAACCUAUGGGCGAGGGCAUUCCUGACAUGGUUUACCUCGGCUCCCUCACCAACUUUGACCUGACCUACGCCUGGGUCCAGGACAAGUGUGUGCCUCUGGUUAGGGAGAUCACCUUUGAAAAUGGAGAGGAGCUGACUGAAGAAGGAAUCCCUUUCCUCAUCUUGUUCCAUCUUAAAGAAGACACAGAGAGCUUAGAGAAGUUCCAGCAUGAAGUGGCUCGCCAGCUCAUCAGUGAGAAAGGGUCAAUAAACUUCCUUCAUGCGGACUGUGAUAAGUUCCGCCAUCCUCUGCUCCAUAUCCAAAAAACGCCAGCUGACUGUCCCGUUAUCGCCAUAGACUCAUUCAGACACAUGUAUGUCUUCCCUGACUUCAAAGACCUCAAUGUCCCUGGCAAACUGAGACAGUUUGUUUUGGACCUUCACUCCGGUAAGCUUCACCGAGAGUUCCACCACGGGCCCGACCCCACGGACAGCACGCCUGGACAGGAGGAGACGGGCGGAGAAGCAGCCAGCAGUCCUCCAGAGAGCUCGUUCCAGAAGCUGGCACCCAGCGAGACACGCUACACCAUCCUCAGCCGAGACCGCGACGAGCUGUGACCUUAACGGCCUUCCUGUGACUCAAUGCCACGCCCCGGGGUCAGGGAGGGGGUUAGGGUUGGGACAGGCUAGUGGGACAGAACAGCAACACCCAACACCCUUACUGAAGAAAAAAAAAAAAAGACGACGACGAGGAGAAUGAAGAACGGGAGGAGGAGAGUGGAGUCUAUGACACAACCAUGUUGGGCUAACCUAUAUUUUCAUAACACUUUCACAUACAAUUUUUAUUUUGACUCAAAAAUGUGGGUGGGG